AUGAUCCUAACUACAAACGGAUUAAUGAUGUUUUUAUUUUUAUUAAAUAAUUAUUUUCGUCAAAUAAAUAGUCAAUAUUGUUACGGUUGUAAACGUCAUGCAACAAAUUCAUUAACGGGUGAUGUUCAAAAUUGGGCAUUAUUAAUUCAAAGUUAUAUAUUAAAAUUAGCAUCGGAUAGUAUGCAUCGUGAAAAAACACAAUCUUAUUUUGAUUCAGCAGAUUAUAAAGAAGAAAAUAAAUCGGGUGAUAAAUUAUUACAUGAUAUGAAAUUAAUAUUGGAUACAUUUUUUGAAAAAAAACAACGUGCUGCUAAUGCAAUAGCAGAUGAAGCAAGACAAAUUUAUGAUAAAUUAUAUAUGCAACGAUAUAAUGAUUAUAAAUUAAAUUCAACAGGUUGGUAUAUUUCAGAGGGUAUGUCACCAAUCGAUUCAUUAUUAUCUACUACAAUUACAUCAACAGCAUCUAUAAAUAAAAAAGAAAUUUAUCCAUUAGGUUUAUCAAAAUAUCAACGUUUAUUAGAUUUAAAUAAUUAUACUUAUAGAGAUGCUGAUAUUCCAUUACGUUUUCCACCAAAUAUGACAUUUCAUCCACAUUUUAAACGAAAUGUUAGUUUACAUCAUAGUGUAGUUAAAAUUUCAGAUGAAAUACCAAGAGAUGAUAUACAAAUUAUAUGGACAGUUGAAUGGACAUAUGAAUUAGAAAAAAUUUUUCGUGAAAAUCGUAAAUUAGAUCCAGAAAUAAGAUGGCAAUAUUUUGGUUCAAAUGUUGGACUUAUAAGAUUAUAUCCCGGUCGAGAAUGGGAUCAAAAUUUUGCCGGUUUUUAUAAUGAUUAUGAUCCACGUAUAAGACCAUGGUAUAUUGGUACAACAAGUGGACCAAAAGAUAUUAUUAUUAUUCUUGAUUGUAGUCGAUCAAUGAGAGGAAGUAAAUUUGAAAUUGGUAAAUCAAUUGCUAAAGUAAUAAUUGAUACAUUAACUAAACAAGAUUAUGUUAAUAUUAUAUGUGUACAUGAAAGUCAUUGGAAUGAUAUUGGAAAAUGGACUGAAUAUAAAACAGAAGUUUUAAGUUGUCAACAAGAUACAAUGGUACAAGCAACAUUAGCCUAUAAAAGAGAUUUAAAAGAAAAACUUUUACAUUUACAUGCGGGUGGUACAAGUGAAUUUGAAAAUGCAUUUGAUUUAACAUUUGAUUUAUUUCAACGUAAACCCAAAACCGGUUGUCAUACAUUAAUUAUUUUUAUUACUGAUGGACAAGAUACAGAUGGUGAAACGGUUCGAUGUGGAGCUGGACAAUAUACAAGAAGUGGCUAUGUACCCGGACCCAUUUGUAAAUAUAAUUGGACAAAAUAUUGGAAUACAGUUAAACAUAAACAACAAUUUACUGAACCAAAAGCAAGAAUAUUUAGUUAUUUAAUACAAGAUAAUGGACAAGUAUUUCCUGGACGUUUAGCAUGUGAUAAUAAUGGACAUUUUCAAAUGUUAGCCGAUGGUGAAAAUUUAAUUAAUAAAAUGUAUCAUUAUUUUGAUUAUUUAUCUAAAAUUUCUUUGGAUGCUAAUGGAAGUUGGACAUCUCAAUAUAUUGAUCAAUGGGGACUUGGUGUUAUGAUAACGUAUGCUAUACCAGUUGUAUCAACAAUUGAUAAUACAACAAUUGGUGUAGCUGGUGUAGAUAUUACUUUAGAUGAUAUUGAAAAUGUUUUAAUGAGUAAAACAUGGGGUACUGUUUAUGGUUUUUUAAUUAAUCGUGAUGGUGAUGCAAUUAUACAUCCCGGUUUAAAAUCAACCACAAUACCCAUUGAAGAUCCAAUAUCAACGCAUGUAACAAAAUUAGAAAUGAUCGAUAAUAAACCAGAAAAUUUUUCAUAUAUUGUACAAUCAAUGUUAAGAGGAGAAAUGGGUAGUCAACGUUUACCAAAUGCUUAUAGAUCAACAAUUAGAAGACAAUUAGGCAUUUUAGGAGAACAUGAUGAAAAAUUUCGUGAAGUUCGACAACCAAAAAAUUUAUUAUUAUAUGAUGAAAGUUUUUUUAAUUUAUUAAUCGAAUAUAAUAGUACAAAAGGACGAGAAAAUUUGAAGGGAAAAUUUGAACAUAUGCAGGUAAAAAUAAACGAUACAAAAUAUCAAAAUUUACGUGUUAGUUAUUUAUAUUCAUCUAUUAUGUUAGCACCACGUGUUUAUUGUGAUCCAAGUGAAUAUUUUUAUAACGAUGAUUUAGCACAAAAGACAAUUGAUGCACACAUUUAUAUUAAUUAUCAUUUAUACAAUAAUCAAACAAAUAAUAAUAAUAAUAAUAUCACUGUCGAUGAUAUUGGUUGUAGACAAAAUAAUUCAAAAUUUCAUGAAAAUACUCGAGCUUAUGUUUUAAUCUCACAACCGAUUGAACGUGUUUGGAGACAACGACCACCAGAAUUAACUAAAGAUAUUAUUUGGACAUAUGUUGGUAUGCGUACAGGAGUAUUUCGAACAUAUCCAGCUCAUCGUUCUGUUCGUGAAUAUGAUCAUACAACUCGUGCAUGGUAUAAACGUGCUGUCGCAUAUCAAGAUCGUACAACUGCUUCAAUGCCCUAUCUUGAUUUAUCUGGUGGUGGAAAAGUAAUUACAAUUGCUCAAGCAAUAUUUGAAGGUAUGACAACUGCUGAGAAUAAAGAUUGUGAAUUAAUAGGCAAUAAUAAUCAAACACGAAAACUUACUGGUGGUUGUCCUUGUACAACAGGCAAAGAAUGUUUAUCUGGUUAUUGUUAUCAACCAAAAUCAGAUCAAAAAGGAAUACAUCGAUGUGCAACUGAACGUAUUAUUGGUGUAACAGGCACUGAUAUUAUAUACAAUAGUUUUCAUUCAGAAAUAAUGAAACGUAUGGUUGCAUCGGAUGGUAAACGUUCAUGUGGUUCAACAUAUCAAUGUCCAAAUAGUAGUAUGACUGAUUUUAAUUGUACAACAAAAUGUUAUUUAAUCGAUCAUGCUGGUUAUUUAAUUGUUGAUCCUGAUUUUGUUGACGUAUCACCAUUUCAUGAAGAUAAAUAUAAUCAAUUAACAUUAGGACACAAAGAAGGUGAAGUAAUGAGUGAUUUAAUAUAUAAACAUGGAGUAUUUGAUAGAGAAGAAACAAUUACAUUUCAAGGAACAUGUCAUGUUAGUAAACCAUCAUCAAAAGUAACAUUAGAAGGUAUUCCUGUAAAUCCAGAAGAAUUAGAUAAUAAAUAUAAAAAUAAAGGACCAAUACCACAAUUUAUGAAUGAAUACGGUUGCAUUCAGGAUCAAGUAACAUACAAAAUAAAAAGAAUGAAUGAAAAACAACUCAGUUGGACUGAAUUAAUUGUUGGUGAAGUUCAUGGACCGUGUAUGAGUGGAUAUUAUUAUUUGACACCUUUGGUUAAAACAAACUUAUAUCUUUUAGUAAUUGAAAAUUAUCAAAAUGAAAAAUCAAAAUUAUUUUAUAAUUUUAACUGUAAAAUACAACGUAGUGUUGUUGACAGUGGAGCAUUUCGUAUAAUUAAUGGUACAUGUGCACAUAAAAAUGAGAAAAUGAGUUCAUUGUCUGAUGAAAAUAAAUGCCCACAAUUAAGAGAUAUUACAUUAGAUUGUAAAUAUAAUUCAAUGACUAAAAUUACUAUAAUGAAUAAAGUAUCAAUUGUUUUCUUGUUUUCAUUUUUUUAUAGAAUAAACUAG